AUAUAAUCAACUGGUACACUCUUUCAAAACCACUUCAUGAAAGGCUAUAUCUUAAUAUUAAAUUUCAGUUUUCUCCUUCCAUAAGAUCCAAAAGGGUGUGGUCACAAAACAAAUCUUUAAUAGGAAUAAUUAGUGCUCUUUUACCAAGCUUGGUGGCUUUUCAUGUUAAAAUAAUGUCCUUUUCCUUCCAACUUGAUAAUAGCAGUUUGUCAAUUUAUAACGUUCAGUGAGCAUUUUCAUUGUGAAAUAUAUCAUUUAUCUAAUUUCUGUAAGAAAUAAUUUCAAGUAUCCCCACACAUACGAUUAACUUCUGAAUAUGAAUUUCAACCAAAAACAUGAAUAAAAUGGCCCAAGACAAGCUAGUGCUCUGUACCAAUCAUUUUAAAUGAACACUUGUCUGUUCAUUUGAAAGCUCAUAGCUAUAUACCUACACUGACUAUGCUAGGACAUGUUAAAAUAACAUUUACUUCCCACCUAUCAUAACAUUUUAAAAAGAAAUUUUAAAACACUAGGCUAAAAUUAGUUUUUCAUACUGGCUAGUUUUAUUAUGAAAAAAAGAAAAAAACAUACCACAUCUCAAAUAAUAAGCUCAACAAACCUGGAAGAGGAAAACCUUUUUAGUGUAUUAAAUAUUUUUGCAGUAAUUGCAUUCCCAGUAAUUUCUACAAAGAAAGAAUGUAACUUCCCUUUACAUGAAAGCAAUGCAAUCUUAAUGUUUCUUAAUUCUACAUUUUGCAUUAGUAGUUUGCAAACAAAAAUUAAAUUAAGAACACAAUAAAAGAUUAUUUUUGAAGAACACAUGUUUGAUACAUCAUUUAAAUUGCCAUAUAUCAAAGAGUUUAUUCUAUUUCACUUUCUAGGAGAAAAAACCAACUGCUCCAAAAGAAUGUGUUUUUCUCCCAUUCUGGAAAUCAACAUGCAGUCUGAAUCUAACAUUACAGUGCGAGAUGACAUUGAUGAUAUCAACACCAACAUGCACCAACCACUAUCAUAUCCAUUAAGCUUUCAAGUGUCUCUCACUGGAUUUCUUAUGUUAGAAAUUGUGUUGGGACUUGGCAGCAACCUCACCGUAUUGGUUCUUUACUGCAUGAAAUCCAACUUAAUCAACUCUGUCAGUAACAUUAUUACAAUGAAUCUUCAUGUACUAGAUGUAAUAAUUUGUGUGGGAUGUAUUCCUCUAACUAUAGUUAUCCUUCUGCUUUCACUGGAGAGUAACACUGCUCUUAUCUGCUGUUUCCAUGAGGCCUGUGUAUCUUUUGCAAGUGUCUCAACAGCAAUCAACGUUUUUGCUAUCACUUUGGACAGAUAUGACAUUUCUGUAAAACCUGCAAACCGAAUUCUGACCAUGGGCAGAGCUGUAAUGUUAAUGAUAUCCAUUUGGAUUUUUUCCUUUUUCUCUUUCUUGAUUCCCUUUAUUGAAGUAAAUUUUUUCAGUCAUCAAAGUGGAAAUACAUGGGAAAACAAGACGCUUUUGUGUGUCAGUACAAAUGAAUACUACACUGAACUGGGAAUGUAUUAUCACCUGCUAGUACAGAUCCCAAUAUUCUUUUUCACUGUCAUAGUAAUGUUAAUCACAUACACCAAAAUACUUCAGGCUCUAAAUAUUCGAAUAGGCACAAGAUUCUCAACAGGGCCGAAGAAGAAAGCAAGAAAGAAAAAGACAAUUUCUCUAACCACACAACAUGAGACUACAGACAUGUCACAAAGCAGUGGUGGGAGAAAUGUAGUCUUUGGUGUAAGAACUUCAGUGUCUGUAAUAAUUGCUCUGCGGCGAGCUGUGAAACGACACCGUGAACGACGAGAAAGGCAGAAAAGAGUCUUCAGAAUGUCUCUAUUGAUAAUUUCUACAUUUCUUCUCUGCUGGACACCAAUUUCUGUUUUAAAUACCACCAUUUUAUGUUUAGGCCCAAGUGACCUUUUAGUAAAACUGAGGUUGUGUUUUCUAGUCAUGGCUUAUGGAACAACUAUAUUUCAUCCUCUACUAUAUGCAUUCACUAGACAGAAAUUUCAAAAGGUCCUGAAAAGUAAAAUGAAAAAGCGCGUGGUCUCAAUAGUGGAAGCUGACCCCAUGCCUAAUAAUGCUGUAAUACACAACUCUUGGAUAGAACCUAAAAGAAACAAAAAAAUUACCUUUGAAGAUAGUGAAAUAAGAGAAAAAUGUUUAGUACCUCAGGUUGUCACAGACUAGGAAAAGUCUUAAGUUUUGCCAAAACUACAUCCAGAAGUUUUAAAUUUAAAUUGUAAAAAAUGAAAUUACUGCCAAAUAUAAAGGAAAAACAAUUUAAGUAUUGGUUAUGUUGUAAAUUUUUAAUGUAAAUGUCAAAAUUAGAUUAGGUCAUAUAUAUUCAAUCUCUUCAUUACUUAAUGUAUUUGUUGCAUGGCAGUUUGUUAAAAGUAAUAUCAUGUGUAUAUUUUGUCAAUAUUCUGUCCAGCAGAAGAAAUUCAUGUAAGUCAUUUUUUCUAAAGAAUAAAUACAUAGCCUUAAAAC